AUGGGUGUUCGCUAUGUAAUAGCUGGAGAAUCUCAAUGCGAUUUAUUUGCAGAAAUAUGUUUAGUCGCCGAUUACCUAGCACAACGAUUACCUGAUUUUUGUUAUGAACGAAUAGAAAAACCAGUAGCAGAAUGGAAGCCGUGGCUACAAAAAAUUAAUCAAAAAAACAAAUGGCACCACACUGGAUCACCGAUUGUGUGGAAAGAGUUAUUAAUGGCUGGUAGUAAGCCAUUUUAUAUAGGUUAUGCAUCGGAAUUUUUAGAAUAUUGUGAAUGGCUUUAUAAGAAUAAAAAACUUAUGGAAAAUAUUGCAAGUAACAUUAAUGCAACAGCAUCACCCAAACUUUAUGUUGUUUUGCCAAAUCUAGGACCAGCAUGCUAUAAUGCUACUAUAAUUGCUAAUUCAAUAACUAAAAUUAAUAAAAAUAAUAUUGUCGUUGUUACGUCAGACAUUGGAUUGGAAAUGGCAUCAGUGGCUGCAGAAAUUGCUGAAGUCUCUUUGAGAAAUAUGUUCUGUCCCCCAGUAUGGGGUUUUGUCGGAAUAAAUCAUUUGGUUGAUAUACGAACAACAAUACACAAAUAUGAUUCAUUUAAUCCAUUUGAAAGAUACACAAAAGUAAAAAAUUCAACUCUUUGUAUUGGCACUAUUACUCCGGAAAUGCGUACAAUGGAAUAUUUAAUGUUUUUUGAUGAAACAUUAUGGAAUAAAGUGGCUGAUCGAAAAGCUAAGAAGAAAAUGUCGGAAAGACCAAUUUCCAUUGUAAAAGCUGUAGCUCUUUUGAAUUUAAUCAAAAUAUGGCUAUUCGAUCCUAAUCCUAGUUACGUCGUAAAUUUGGGUAUACAGUGUAACGGAUCUUUUGGACUGACAUUUAAAGGUGUAUUUUCUCAACCUGCACACUUAGUAAAUGGUGAAUGGCGACCAGCGAGUAAUUAUAUGUUGCCAAAGGAUCCACAAGUAAAAAUACAAUACUUACAGCAAAUAGCUGAAAUUGCUAUGAAAUUAAAAAAAUCUGAUUUAAAGCAAGUUGUCACAUACACUCCAUGCGUCUGUAAGCAUAAAUAA